AUGGUUCUGACGGAAAAUUCUGCGGCGAAAAUUCAAUGGAAACGCCCGCGUUGUCUUGCAAGUAAUGAUGACCCUACAAAUAUUCCGUGCGCGCGCUCGGGCCACACGCUCUCCGUCAUUGGUAACACAGGUUUCUUGUUUGGUGGACUGAGUAAUGGGCCUAUUGGUGAAAAGGUAGCGCGGCCCCUCGACGAGCUACAUAUCCUCAGGAUGGGCAAGUCCGAAUUAGAGUGGUGUAUACUGCAACUGCCAGAAGAUACACGUCCCCUGGCACGGUGGCGUCAUUCUGCCUGCGUGUUUGACGGCACACAAAUUAUCAUUUUUGGCGGGUAUCAUACGGCAUCAUUGAGACUCUCAGAUGUCUGGGUUUUCAACACCGUGGCGAUGGAGUGGCAACAGCCCCAUUCCACUCAAGGUCCAGGUUUCAUGGCCAACGGCAGCCAUCCCCAAGCUACUACUUGGCCAGGUUUGCUUUUUCUUCCAACGUGGAGGACGAAUCAAUAA